UUGAGAAGAGAACGCGAUUAAGAUUCAGGGGCGUAGACUGUUGACCAUAAGGUCAUUCCGCUGCAGAAGCCUUCCACAAAGCCGCCGCCGCGCGACCGCCGGAGACCGGAGGCGAUGGAGGCGCCAGCUCCAUGGAGGGUACUCGAGUUCUACAGCGGCAUCGGCGGCAUGAGGUACUCGCUGAUGGCGUCAGGCGUGCGGGCGGAGGUGGUGGAGGCCUUCGACAUCAACGACGUCGCCAACGACGUCUACGAGCUCAACUUCGGACACCGCCCUUGCCAGGGAAACAUUCAAACACUCACUGCUAUCGACCUAGACAAAUACAAGGCACAUGCAUGGCUUCUUUCUCCUCCAUGCCAGCCAUACACACGACAAGGACUUCAAAAGCAUUCAACUGAUGCUCGUGCAUUUUCGUUCAUCAAGAUUCUUAACCUCAUGCAAAACAUGAGCUAUCCUCCACAAAUGUUGUUUGUGGAAAAUGUAGUCGGAUUUGAGGUGUCUGAUACACAUGACCAGUUGCUGGAGGUCCUUUCAAGUCUAAAUUUUAAUACACAAGAAUUCAUUCUAAGCCCCCUACAGUUUGGUGUCCCAUAUUCUAGACCUCGCUACUUUUGUUUGGCGAAACGAGAACCUAUGUGUUUUCAAAAUCCAUCGGUCAACAACAAAUUGCUCCGGACACCUUAUUGGCUAAGCCUGAGAUUGAACAGUACAUCACAGAGCAGCUAUGAUCAGGGUGAAGAAGAGCUGGAGCUAGUAUGUAAACCUAUAAGAGAGUUUCUUGUUAAGGAGGCUGAUGGAGGCAUGCCAAGAGAAACAGUUUUGCAAGAUUACAGAGUCCCACUAAACUUGAUUGAACGGUGGGGGAAUGCUAUGGAUAUUGUAUACCCUGAAUCAAAGCGGUGCUGCUGUUUCACUAAAAGCUAUUACCGCUAUGUGAAGGGGACAGGCUCCUUGUUGGCAACAUCUGAAAACCUCAAACAGGUUCCUGAACAGAAGCUUGAAAUUUCUUCCCUGAAGGAGUUGGGCCUACGAUUUUUCACCCCUCAAGAGGUCGCGAAUUUGCAUUCGUUCCCUUCAAGUUUCAACUUUCCUGAUCACAUAGGCCUUAGGCAACAGUAUGCUAUGAUGGGUAAUAGUCUUAGCGUAGCAGUUGUGGGUCCUUUGUUGCGCUACCUGUUUGCUGAGGCAUAGCGAAGCUUGGUCAGCCAUCUGGUGACAUUAACCUGACACAAACACCUUGGCCUGCUUUCUGCUGUUGGUAAAAAUUUUGUCAUGCCUAACUUUUAAGCAAGGUUGGUGUCAAGUAUGAUAUGUUCUUCUGCACUUCUUUUUGGGUUUAAAUGUGUUGGUCUCCAGUUCCCCACCUUCUGAACCUGAUUGCUUUGGUACGACCAAGCUCGUUCGAAUCAGCGAAUGGUUUUCACGUUGCAGGUUUCGGGACUUUGGUUUGGUCUACUAUGGAAGAGGAGGGAGGCUGUUUCUGCAUCUAGUACUUCCUCGCAGGCAUAUGUUGUCAUGUUGAAUGAAUGAUGGAAUUGUAACUCGUGACCCAGUGAGUGAUGUGUGUACCUUGAUAAUGUUAUUGUAAUGAGUGUGGGUCUCAACUUAAGGAAUUUUCCUUCAACCCUGUAAGCAGUGGCAAAUCGAGCAAAUCAACUUUUGUCUUC